CUUCACGCCGCCCUCCCCCCGGCCUGCCUCCGGGUCCCCCGCACCCCAGGACCCUGUCUCCCUCGGGGGGCCGAGCUCCCUCAGACCUGCUGGCAGUAACCCCCCUAUUUAAGAGCACCCCACUCUUUGGUCCCAGAGAGCACUCCUCUCGACCUUUUCGCCCGGGUGGCACAGCAAGACGCCCUGGGUCAGAGCCUCACCGCGACUCCCGCUGCCUCUUCCCUCGACCUCAGAAUUAUCCCGGACUCUACCUUUCCUGGGGAGACCACCCCCAGCCCUGCAGGGGCGGGGCCACCUUUGCCCGGGGCCCGCGCUCUCCGCGGUGCCGCGGGGCGCCGCCUCCCCCAUGCCGCCCUCGGGGCUGCGGCUGCUGCCGCUUCUGCUCCCGCUCCCGUGGCUGCUAGUGCUGACGCCCGGGAGGCCGGCCGCGGGACUCUCCACCUGCAAGACGGUCGACAUGGAGCUGGUGAAGCGGAAGCGCAUCGAGGCCAUCCGCGGCCAGAUCCUGUCCAAGCUGCGGCUCGCCAGCCCCCCGAGCCAGGGGGAGGUGCCGCCCGGCCCGCUGCCCGAGGCCGUGCUCGCCUUGUACAACAGCACCCGCGACCGGGUGGCCGGCGAGAGCGCGGACCCGGAGCCCGAGCCCGAGGCGGACUACUACGCCAAGGAGGUCACCCGCGUGCUAAUGGUGGACCGCAACAACGCAAUCUACGAGAAAACCAAAGGCAUCUCACACAGUGUAUAUAUGUUCUUCAACACGUCAGACAUCCGGGAAGCGGUGCCCGAGCCACCACUGCUGUCCCGGGCAGAGCUGCGCCUGCAGAGAUUGAAGUCCAGUGUGGAGCAGCAUGUGGAACUGUACCAGAAAUACAGCAACAAUUCCUGGCGUUACCUUGGUAACCGGCUGCUGACCCCCACCGACACACCUGAGUGGUUGUCUUUUGACGUCACUGGAGUUGUAAGGCAGUGGCUGAACCAAGGAGACGGCAUACAGGGCUUUCGCUUCAGCGCUCACUGUUCCUGUGACAGUAAAGAUAAUGUGCUCCACGUGGAGAUCAAUGGGAUCAGCCCCAAACGUCGAGGUGACCUGGCCUCCAUUCAUGACAUGAACCGACCCUUCCUGCUCCUCAUGGCCACCCCGCUGGAAAGGGCCCAGCACCUCCACAGCUCCAGGCACCGGAGAGCCCUGGACACCAACUACUGCUUCAGCUCCACGGAGAAGAACUGCUGUGUGCGGCAGCUGUACAUAGACUUUCGGAAGGACCUGGGCUGGAAGUGGAUCCACGAGCCCAAGGGCUACCACGCCAACUUCUGUCUGGGGCCCUGCCCCUACAUUUGGAGUCUUGAUACACAGUACAGUAAGGUCCUUGCCCUCUACAACCAACACAACCCGGGCGCUUCGGCGUCGCCGUGCUGCGUGCCGCAGGCGCUGGAGCCGCUGCCGAUCGUCUACUACGUGGGCCGCAAGCCCAAGGUGGAGCAGCUCUCCAACAUGAUCGUGCGCUCCUGCAAGUGCAGCUGAGGCCCCGCCCCGCCCCGCCCCGCCCGGCAGGCCCGGCCCCGCCCCGCCCCGCCCGCUGCGCCCGGGGCUGUAUUUAAGGACACUUGCAGCCCUGAGCCCACCUGGGGAGUCCAUUAAAGGUGAGAGAGGACUGCUGGUCUCCGUGUAAUCGGGCGCCACGUCGCGUCGCCCUCCUUGCAGAGGCUCUGGAGCCUUGUCCCGGCCUGUGGCACCGCCUCCAGCCCUCCGUGCUGAACGCCUGCUUUGACCCCAGGAUUCCGGUGGGAGACCCGAUUAGACCCGAUUAGGCCGCGUCCGCAGUACUUCUGCCACUGCGCAUCUGCCGACACAAUCCGGAAGAGCCUGACUUCCUGCUGUCUGGCGUGAGAAUUGUAGAAGAGGGGGAAAAAUGCUGCUUCCACGGGUUGUGGGUUGUGGUGGCCCACGUGACGAGUGCCCGCACUCUAGGAGGCAGAGGCGGGUGGCUCUCCAAGUUCAAGGCCAGCCUGGUCUACAAAGUGGGUUCCAGGACAGCCAAACCAAAGUUCAAAAACCAGUUCAGUGUUUGGUGUUGGUGGCCGCCAUGGCCUAGGAGGAAGUGGCAUUUCAGAUCUGAAGGAAGCUUAAGGAACAGAUGCGGUGUGUGUGGGGGGAUAGUCUUGGAAGACGGAAGUGACGAGAGACAGCCAUCUUGGGGUGUGCCACCCCGCGAGGAACAGCAUGACUGGAAGGGAACAGGGAUGGGCACUGAGUCAGAGCUAACCCUCCUACGCCUCAGGUGUGUGCUGCUCACAGGCUCUUCCUGUGGCCUCAGGGAGCAGGGUUUGGUAAACAUUGGCCCGUAGCCUGCCCCAGCCUACAGCCUGUUUCUGUGGAUAGGUUCUGUUGCCCACAGCCACACUCUCUCUUCCUCCACACACUGUAGCUGUAUUGCUGUCUGCAGCCGUGUGUGUGUGUGUGUGUGCGCGCGCGCGAGGGCCAAAGACAGUACCUGGUCCUUCAGAAAAAGCCUGCUUUAAUCGGUGUGGUGGUGUAUGCCGGUAAUUUGCAGAGGAGGCAGAAGCAGGAGAGCACAGCAAGUUCAAAGCCAGUGUGAUCUGCAUAAUUCCCAGACGGCCAGAGCCUGACUUGACCCUCCCGUUCUCUCCGAAAGCUCGCUUACCCAUUUUGGGAGACUGUGUGCUCUUUGCAGGAAGAUGCGCCCACACACAGGAGCUGUUAUUUCUUAAAUCCACAGAACUAGUGAGUUUUGUGGCAUAUCAAGAGUACGGGACCCUGGGAGAACUUGGGGGAUGCAUAGUAUUACCAGAUGACCUAAUAAACAAUACAGGGCCUUGUCUCUGGUAAGUCA